AUGAGAUUACUAACCUAUUGGCCGUUCCGUCGUGUUCGUGUUCGUCACGAUGCAAGCCAAGUCUUGGACAUGGAACAAAAGGGCAAGGCCUGGGGGUUAUUACGAAUCAGUGACCCUCCGCCCCGUUUCCAAACAAAGGUAUGGUCGUGGGGUUGUCCCGAAUUUCACGUGUCUUCAACUCCUCCCCUUCAGCCUCAUGCUGUAACUCUGCGUCACUUUCACUGGAACAAGAAACCAGGUUCACACGUCACGAUGAACUCGAGAGAUAUAAUACCACACAGGACAGUCAUCUGGACAGGGGAAAUAACAAAGACGAUUACACCAGCACAACAAAAGGCAACAUCAGCGCAUUCAAGAACCUCGAUAGCAAUCCAUCCAUCAGUACAUGUCCAGCCAGUAUCACCCAAAGCCAGUACACUUGACUACAUCCCUCGAAAGGUCAACUCAAGAGCAACGAACCCCAGCUCGAGUUCGAGCACACUCAGAUCAAACAGGAUGACAGCCAUCUAUCCCACCAUGCAGCACUCAGAUCAAUCUAUCAACACCUUCUACUCACCCGCCACGCUCCCCGACUCCUAUUCGUACGACUGGUCCUACGUUCCCACCGCGUUCGCAGACUCCAACUCAGACGCCUUCCUGGAUUUCCUUCUUUUGGACGAUGGGAGCACCACGACCAUGCCACAAGAAACCCACCAUCGAGCAGCAAGCGUUGCCGAAAGCGUCAUCUCCGACACCUCAUCCACCACCACGCAACAGACAACCUUCUCUGAGUCGUACUUCCCCUCAACGUCUUCCCGCAAAGAGCCGCAGUCGACCACAGCCAUGUCCGGCCGCGGCGUGCUCAUCCCGAACCUCCCCACCGCACAGGACCGCAAACAUCGACGUCGCGAGCAGAAUCGCAAAGCCCAGAGCGUGUUUCGCCAAAAGCGCAAAUGCGAAGUGAGCAAGCUGCAACAAGAAAUCGCCCAGCUGAAGAUGCAAUUGGCCUUGACGCAUCGUAAUGCCACGACCGUUGGAUGGACCAUCUGCGCCAAGUGCAGAAACUUCUACCCGCCUGUGGUCCACAACCAGGAGGCAAGUCCGGUAUCGCUGGAGCUGGAACCUCAGUCGAAUAGCGAGUGGGCAGGCGGAAUGGUCGUUGAGGAUGUGUGA